GGAGUCAUACCAAGCAUAGCCUGCGUGUCAGUGCAGUCGACUUACAGCUGGCUGUGAGGAGAACUGACGCUACUCUUUUUUUAUUUUUGCUCUUUAUUGAUACACAUACCCGUAUUUCCAAAAAAGUGUCCUAAAAUCAUUAGAAUAACUGGGGGAAUCAGGUUUCGAUAUUCUUCGCCGGUUUUUAUUUUAUUAAGGGGGUUUGUACAAAACUAAAGUUGGAGGCUGGGCCUUUAGCUUUUUGACCGUCGCUUGAGCGGAGAAAAAAAAAAAGCUGGUCUUUUUCUUUUUUUUUCUUUUUUUUUUGUAAAAACUCGAUAAAUGCUACUAACGAAAAUGGACCUGUUGAACUAUCAGUACCUGGACAAAAUGAACAACAACAUUGGUAUUCUCUGCUACGAAGGUGAAGCAGCUUUGAGGGGGGACCCCAGACUCCAGUCCUUGUCCCUAUCCUCAUCCUCCUCAUCAUCAUCCUCCUCUUCAUCGUCAUCCUCCUCCUCGUCCUCCUCCAUCUCCAGCCACAGGACAGGUCCUCCUCCCAUCAGCCCGACCAAGAGGAAGCUGAAUGGGGACCAGGGGGACAGCGACAUGGACGACAACGAACAUGUGGCAAAGAUGAGCCGACUGUUUGCUGCACAGCUAAAACCUAAUGGAGACUAUCGCAGCUCCACCGUCUCAAAGGACCGUAGCCGAAGCCCCAUCGAACGCGUGGUGGUGCCCGGCGGUCUGGGAGUCCACAGCAACCACCUAUACAGUCACGCCCACCACCACCAUCACCACCUGUCCAGCUUAGCUGGCAUGGACCAGCCACUGGCACUCACCAAAAACAGCAUGGUGGAGUCUGCACGUAGCAGCACAGCAGCAAUGAUCACAGUGCCGCACACAGUCAGUCCCAUGGAACGCCAGCAGAAUCGUCCUUCAGUGAUCACAUGCGCCCCAGCCAACAACCGCAACUGCAACCUGUCUCACUGUCCUGUCUCCCACAAUGGCUGCUCAAGCCUCACAAACAACUACAGGAGAAUCAACACCAACACAGCCUGCGACCCAGUGAUUGAAGAGCAUUUCCGCCGCAGUCUCGGGAAGAACUACAAGGAGCCUGAGCCCGCCGCCACCAACUCGGUGUCCAUCACAGGCUCGGUGGACGACCACUUCGCCAAGGCGCUGGGCGAGACCUGGUUGCAGAUCAAAAAUAAGGGGAGUCCCUCGUCGUCCGGCAGUAGCCCAAACUCCUCCCCCGACAGUCACAUGGUCAAUCACAACCACUCCCCGUCUGUGGUCUCCUGAAGGGGGGAGGGAUUUUACAGGGAUUUGCCCCUGUUUCCCCAGCCCUCCCAAUCAUCCCGGCUCCAACAUUCAUGCCCCUGUCACUCCUGGUCUGUCACCAGCAUCCCAGAGGGAAUGCCUGCCUGCUGGUCUGCUAAACACAUCCACAACCCUCAAGCCUGCUCUCUCUCUAUGCACUCAUAGAGGAUCAAUCAAGCAAUAACAAAAAGGUUGUUUUUUUCCCUUCUGUCCUCUGGUAUGCUACUGCCAGACAAUAAUCAGUAAUGAGUGAUGAGGGCUCGACUUGGGGACUGACUGGAGCAUCAAGCUGCUCCUUCUAUUCAUUCAUCAUCCCUGCAUAUCAAGCUUGGAGCUGAGCAAGUGUCUGUAGUUAUAUGUACAUAAAGAAAGAGAGGAAAGGGCGGUGUUUUAAUUAUUAAUUUUCUUUUCUUCUUUGUUUGUUAUUUUGUUUCUUUAACCGUAGUUUUGUGUACUGCUUCUGCAUUAUGAGAUGCCUGACAUUUUAUUUUAGAAAAGACGAGAAAGAAACACUCUGGAGAAAAUAAUCACAAACCACCUGACUGUGCUACCAAAGAAACCUUUAGACGCUGAUAUUUAUCAAUGCCCACAUCAAAAACAAAACAACAAAUAAGCCAUCUUGUAAUCCCCUCCCUCUUAUCUUUCUUCAUCCUCUCACCUUCCUUCUCUCUCCCGCGCUCUCCUGUGUAUGUGUUCAGGUGAUUUUGUUACUGUAUGUGUAUACUUAAGCGGUCGACUUGGUCUGAUUUGCACUACUGCCGUAGAGGGUAAAGGCUGCCAUGUCAGUAUUGCAAUCUGGCACUGCACGUACUGCGACUGAUAAAACUGAGCAAAGACAUUGAGACUUUUGCUGGGAUCUCUAUUUGAUUUCCCAUUAACUCCUGUUUAAAGUUUACCUGGGCAUGACAGAACAGUACACACAUAAUUAUCGUGCAUUAUUUAUUGAAUGCAUUUCUGAAAAAUGGAAAAUACAUACCAGCAGGGUUGGGCAGUACAAAAUGGAAAUGCAAAGUAAUGUGGAUUUGGAUAAUGUGUCCAAAUAUAUAAAAAUAAUUUUGCCACAUCCCUGCAUGUUGAUUAUUACAUCUGUUAAAGAAAACAAACAUGUUUAGAUGGUAAGAGAAGGUGGAUGAAAAAAAGGUGGAUUGUCAGGUCUGACUGUCUAAAGCCAAGCCUAACUGUGUGCUCAUCACUUGGUUCUGCCUGUGUAAUGUGUUCAGCUCCCAUUAACUAAACAGAUCCCUCCCCAUCAGCACAGAGUAUCAGUCCACAUUAAGUUACACUUGUAGUGCAGAGAGCUCUCCAUAUUAAGGGUGGGGGUAUAAACAAUCAGGUGCUCUGUGGGAGGAACUGGCCUCUCUUCAAUUUAAGUAAAUAUCCAUCACCAUGGAUACUGACAGAAGCAUUAGUCACCCAGCUGCUCAUAUAUCAUCCCACUUCCCUGGAUAACAUCCCCAAAACAAGUUAGGUGAAUUAAGGAUAAACUCAUGCCUCACCUUUUUUUUUUUUUUUUUUUUCAUAAGAACUUCACCUUUUAUUAAGUGAUUUUUGUCUACAAGUGCCUUGGGAAGUGUAAGGAAAAUGCAGUUUUAUGUGCAAAUGCAAAAUAUCUCAAGACAAGUCAGCCUAAAUUCACUCCACUUCCAGCCUGCAGUUCAGACUGGAAAGUAUGAGGAUGUAAAAGGACAGAAUACGUUUCUUCACCCACCUUUCCUCACCAUUCUGUUUUAGAUUUUGAGGGGAAAUGACACUUAAUAAAUCUCGACUAUUGAAAAUAUAUUGGGAUAGUAAAUACAUCGUACUACCCAGCCCUACGUUCAGAGCCGGUAUGUAUGAUCAAGUAUACAUUUAUUAAUCAGUGUUGAUCGGUAUCAGCAUGGAUAAAUAAGAAAUAUACAAAAUUGGUUCACCUGCUUAAAUUGUGCCAAAUCGUUGCAUGGUGAUUUUUCCAAGCACAGUCGGGUUUUCAAAAUCAGUUAACUGUGGUGCUGAUGGACAUCACGACUAUGAUGAGAGGAGAUUAAGACUGAAAACAAAGUUGUACAACCUGCGUGUGUUGAAGGUUGGCCUUUGCUGAACAAUGUGCUUUGAUGUGUUUCACAGGCUUAACUGCUGACAGUGAUGAGGGAAAGAUGACACUGCAUGUCACUCUGUGGUUGAAAGAAAAAAAGGAAAUAGUCUGGUUUCUCGACCGGGGGAGAGAAAAUUAUUCAGAUCUCUUCAAACGCGCCUUUGUUUUUGUAACUCUUUGAACAUGGGUGUUGUAAUUAUAUUUGGCUUACACCCUGCUGUCCCUCCCUUCCUCCCUCCCACCCUCCCUCACCUACACACUGUGGUUUGGUAGAAUUCUACAAGGUUUUGAAGGGUAAACUAAUGCUUUUACAGAUGCAUGUUUUUUUUGUUUUGUUUUUAAUAGCUGGUAUCUAUUAGUGUUUUUAAGCAUUUCAAUCUUAACUACUAUUAUCCUUUUCAUUCGGACGUUAGUUGUUACUUCUUUCGUUGUUAGUAACGGACAUAGACACUAUACACUCACUGCUGGGUCAGUUGUACUCCAUAUUAUUAUUGUUAUUGUUAUUAUUACAAUUUUGUAUUUUUGUUUUCCAUUAAUAUCAGUAUGGUAACAAACAUCUAUAGUGGGACAGCCUCCGGACAGGCUCUGUUUAAUGAUGAGAGCUGCGUUUCUCAAAACCAUCUCGGCACGAGAGUCGAUCAGCUCAUUCCCGCAGCAGAGCCGUGAUCGUUCUAGUGUUGGGUUGGCUUUGGGAUACGCAGCCCGUUAAGGUUUUCUUAAGAUGUUGAUCCAUCGGUGGUACAGGAUGCUACAGCCUUUAGCAUGACUAAGCUGAGACACCAAAUUGACACAAAUGAGUCCACAAGACCUUGUUUUCCACAAAAGCAUCUUAGCCUGAGAUAAUAUAAAAUGACUGGGUGCCAUCUUAAAAUCACCACCUCCGCACCAGCCUUCACCCACAUUCUUGCCACAGUCCAAAAAGAACUUGGUAGACGAGAAGCUAGCAGGGUGGGAAGCUUUUGGGAAACAAGGUAUUGUUUACUGUAGAACUUAGUGAUGACGGCUCUCAAACAUUUUUUUGACCUUUACAAAAGUGUCUUAAAAUGAUCACAAUAAGAAUUAUUUUGUAUUACAAAAGAGCAAAAAAUAACAUCACAAAAACAGCAUUGGAGAGAAGCUAGCAAACAACACAAAACUUUGUUAGUGGUUGUCUGAAUUUAUGGUGUACUGUCAAAACUCUCAGCCCUUAGCAGUGGACUUUUUGUGUCCUGACUUGGUGUCCAGACUUAUUUUUGUAUUUCAGUGCUUUCUUUUCUGAACAACAUUGUAUUGUUGCUGCAGUUAAGCUAGACUGCUGCAGUCUGAAGAAAUGAAUUUUACUCCUAUGAAAGAGCCUGCGCCAAGGUGGCAUACAUUCCUCCUAUAGGGAACUUUGUACAGGCCUCAAACACACUCUGCAGACACAGUUUCUUGCAUCUUUACCAGAACAACAAGGUGUCCACUUUUGCUCUUUUUGGCCUCAAAUCCAUACCACAAGACAAAAGAACAACCAAUGGUAUACAUUUUUUUUUAGGACAUUCAGAGCGUAGAACUUAGAGAACUGGGGUUGGUGAAAGUUUGGUGUCAUUCUGUAGUAAAAAUACAGAAUCAUUUCAUGUCUCUGAGUUGAGGUUUAUAGGUGACAAGGUUCAUAUUUGUUUGUUACAUCCUUUACAGAGAUCUCUACAUGGAACGUCAGUGUUCUAGAAUGUCCACACAUUCCAUCCUCAACUAUCAGAACAGAUGUGACAGAAUCCCAAAAUUUAAAACCCAACUGCCAGGGAAUUCAUUUCUAUAACAAAUACGUCAUCUCCAGUCUCAGUGUGCUUUCUGUGACAGGCUCAGAGUGGUUUGGGUGGUGAUUUUUGGCAGGUUUGGGGAGGGAGGGGUGAGCAGAGCUUCAGGAGCUGAGCUUCUGCAAGCACAUUCUGUGAGCCACGAGACAUUCAGCUGCCACUCUGUCUUUUCACAAUGAUGCCACCUCCUCCUCCUCCUCAGAUUCAGUUGACCUUGAUCAAGAUUGGAUGUAGGUAGCAACUUGCUAGAAAAUACGAGGGAUAAGGGCUCGGUGUCCAGAACGUUUUGUUUUUCUAUUAUUAUUCUUUCUCAUUAUUUCACUACCACCCUGUAGGUAGGAGGCUCUCUUUCUGCUUCGGCACACACUCCCUACACACUGUAGGAAAAUCACUUAAUAAAAAAAUACUUUUUUAUAAUAGGUAACUAUAAGACCAUCAUUACGCUGUGCGUAACGAAUGUACAGAGAAAAAAAUCGUAGGUAUUUUUUGAGGAACAAUUAAUUUGUUAAUGAUAUGUAGCUAUUUAAUUGUUGUUUUCCCUGUCCUUAUAUUGUAAUCAUUGCAUUUUCUUUUCUGUGAAAAAAGUUGAUCUUUUUUGUUUAUAGAGUUUGUCUUGUUAGAGUAAAGGUUCAAGUGCAGGAGCACAGUAAACAUAUGAAACCACAAUAAGCCACUGGUGUGUCGGUGACAAUCGCUACUUCCAUUGGUCCCCGAUGUUCUGCAAUCAUUUAAAUUGUGUUCGAUCGCGUGACUUCUGAGACAUCUGAACAAAAGUUUGACUUUGUGAGCAAAAGGAGUUUGUCCUUUUAGCAGGCUCUUGAUCAGUUAGCAUGUUUUGCAUCGAUGGAACAGAAUGAUUUUGCCACUAGCCCAGAGCAUCUUGUCGGCCAUUUCCAUUUAACUAUAAAACAAUCAACAUUAGUAAUGGGCUAGCAGGCAGGUAAAAUUUCCACCACUGCAUGUAAACAAUACCAACUGUGGGUUUUGAAAGUCUUGAUGACUGCUUUUGGUUUACAGAUGGGAACUGAGCUACAUGUAAAUCCAUCAGUCUAUUUGAGAACAUUUGUGGAAUUGGUUUAACAUGAGAACCUCAAUGAAAUCAUAACAUUAAAGCUUAGCUGAUGAAAAUCUGAAAGCAUAUUUCAGUCAUAGUUUGUGCUCAAGCUCAUCUGCUUCAUUUUCUGUCCGUGAGGCUGAGCUGAGAUGAGCAGCAAAUGAGCUUUGGGGAUGUCACGGUUCCCAUCUGUGGAGGCCAUUUUGCAACUGUAAACAACAUGAAAAUUGUGCAGAUAAAUCAGAGGAGUUGGCCUUUACUCUGACUGUACCACAUUUUCCAGGUCCUUUUUGAAGUGGAAGUAGCAUGUACUUAGUGGUAGUAGUACUCUGAACUGUAAAAGAAAAAAAAAAUGUAUCAAGAAAACAGUCAAUUUGUGGCUCUGUGUCUCCUACUAAAAAGGUUUUGGCAGGCCACCUUUUUUGUACGUAAAGUAGCCUUGAUGAACAAUAAAGUGCUUUUAAACCACUGUC